GAGGCCCCGCCCCUUUCCGCCCCCUCCCCCCCUCCCCGAGCAUCCUCUGCCGCCAUGGCCCGGCCCGGCCCGCCGCCCUGAGCGCCCCCACCCGCACCACCCGGGGCCAGGCAGGCGGCGGCAGGAGCAUGGAGGUGUCGGCAGGCGUGUGGGCGCUGGUGCUGGUGCUGGCGCUGGUGCCACUGCUCUAUGAGCUGAGCGGCUCCUUCCGCUUCGUGGUCAAGAUGGCCUUCUACAAUGGCUGGAUCCUGCUGCUGGCCGCCUUCGCCCUGCCCCUCUGCGCCGUGCGCGGCCGCUCCGUUGAGAACAUGAAGAUCCUGCGGUCCAUGCUGCAGCACGUGAAGCACCUGUACGGCAUCCGCAUGGAUGUUCGGGGCCUGGAGCACUUCGACCUCAAGGAGCCCUAUGUUGUCGUCUCCAACCACCAGAGCUCCCUCGACCUGCUCGGCAUGAUGGAGGUCCUGCCAGACCGGUGCGUGCCCAUCGCCAAGCGUGAGCUUCUCUACAUGGGCACCGUGGGGCUGGCCUGCUGGCUGGGCGGCAUCAUCUUCAUCAACCGCCAGAAGACGGACGAUGCCAUCUCUGUCAUGGCUGAGGCUGCCCGCACCAUGCUACGCGAGGACGUGCGGGUGUGGGUGUUCCCUGAGGGCACCCGCAACCACAACGGCUCCAUGCUGCCCUUCAAGCGCGGCGCUUUCCAUCUGGCUGUGCAGGCGCAGGUGCCGGUGGUGCCCAUCGUGAUCUCAUCCUACCAGGACUUCUACAACAAGAAGGAGUGGAGGUUCACUUCGGGGCGGUGCCUGAUCCAGGUGCUGGCGCCACGACCCACGCAGGGCAUGGGCCCGGCUGACGUGCCGGCGCUGGCGGACGGGACGCGCCAGGCCAUGCUGGAUGCCUUCGAGGGGCUCUCGGCUGAGCUGCGCACCCGUCAGCCCCCUGCCCCCCAGUGACCACCCCUGCUGCCACGUGGUACCUCCCGAUUUCCCCCCCCCCUCAUCUCCUGCCCCCUCCAUCCUGCCCAUGUGGACCAAUCUGCUCCCUCUGGCACUACCACGGACCGAUCCACUCCAGCCCACCAGGAGAGGGGGGAGCCACAAACCGACCCAUGCCCAUUGGUCAUGGGGGGUGAGUCAUGCCAUGGACUGAUCCACUCCAGCCUCCUGCUGGGGGGGAGGAUGCUCCGUGGACUGUUCCACUUGAGCCUGUCACCAGGGUGUGGGUGUGUCAUGGACUGAUCCACUCCAGCUACAACCACUCCAACCUUCUGCUGAUGGGGAGAUUGCACCAUGGACCUUUCCACUCCAACUGUGGACCGAUCCACUCCAGCCUGGCACCAGGGGGAGGUUGCUUUAUGGACUGAUCUACUCCAGUUUCAAUUGUGGACUGAGCCAUUCCAGCCUGGCAUGGGGGGGUGGGGGGAGGUUGCUUUACGGACCAUUCCAUUCCAGCUCCAACUAUGGACCUAUCCACUCCAACCUCCUGUGGUGGGAAGGUUGAGCCAUGGACCCUUCCACUCCAGCUCCAACCAUGGACUGAUCCACUCCAGCCUGCCAGUUGGGGGUUUGCAUCAUGGACUCUUCCACUCCAGCUCCCACCACAGACGGACCUGCUUCAGCCUCCCACACAGGGGGAAGGGAUUAAAAAUCAUGGACUGACCUACUCCAGCGUUCCACCAUGGACUAACCCACUCCAGCCUUCCAUGCAGGGGGGAUUGAAAUCAUGGACUGAUCCAUUCCUGCCUAUAGAAAGGGGGAGAGGAUUGAUAAUCAGAAGCUGUGGACCAACCCAUUCCUACAUCCUCUGUAGGGGGAGGCUGAGGAAGUUGGGAGGCAUGGACCAUACCAUUCCAGCCUCAACAGUUGGGCGGGUGGGGUUCCUUCAGGUUGUCCCAUCUCUGCCUCUGUGUGGGGGAGAGCAGAAGGACUGGCCCCGGACUGACCUACUACCAGGACGUGGGGGUGCGAGGCAACCAUAUUUAUUUCCCCUGAGACACAAUGGACCAUACCAUAGGGGGCUGGAUUCCUAACCCUCUUCCCCUGCAAUCUGCAUAGAUCCUCCCCAGGGCCAUGGCUGCCGGGCCACCCCCAGAGGCGGGAAUGAUGAGGGAGGGGUGGAGAUGGGGAAACCCCCCAACACAGGCCUGGGGGUCACCCUGACUGGGGUAUUUUGGGGGUGAAGGGGCCCUUUAAGACCAGAGUCUGGGAGAGGCUACAGGUGGUGACUUCUGAUUGGCUGUUGGGGUCACUGGUAAUAAGAGUAUUGUUUCUGACUGGCUGUAGGGGUUGGAGCCCCAAUAAGGAGGUGGUUUUUGAUUAGCUGUCAGGAUAGAACAUCAGCCAAUAAGGAGGGGAUUUCUAAUUGGCUGUUGGGGUUGGCCACCCAAUAAGUGUGUUGUUUCUGAUUGGUUGUCAGGGUCUGUCAUGCCCAGUAUUGGGUGGUUUCUGAUUGGCCAUCGAGACAGGUCACCCAGUAAGAGAUCAGUUUCUGAUAGGACGUCAUGGUAGGUUCCCCUCCCUGCUCCUCCCUCCCCCCCAAAUAUAGGGAUUGUUUCUGAUUGGCCAUUAGGAUAGGUCACCUAAUAAAGAGGUGGUUUCUGAUUGGCUGUCACGUUUGGACAUAUCCCUGAUAAGGUUGUGGUUUCUGAUUGGCCUUCAGGGUAGGUGACCCAGUAAGGGCAUUCUUUCUGAUUGGCUGUCAGGAUAGGUCAUGCACCACUAAAGUUUCUGAUUGGCUGCUAGCAGAGGUCCUGACUCCCCUUCUGUGAAACGUUAUUGGGGGGGAAGGCUGGCAAGUGUUUCAGUUGGCCAGUUUGUGAUUGGCUGCCCCAAUAGGUCAUAGCCCCCCCAGCAGGGUGGAGGUCAGAGUUGCGGCCUGUAUUUAUUAAAGGGGGGAGGCGGGAUCUUGCCAAACUAUGGGACCCCUCCCCCUUCCUGUGGGGGUGGGGGCAGUGGGGGGAGGGGUGUCUGCGUGCCACGGCUCGGUCUGCUUUUAAUAAACACCCUUGCGCCCACUGGGA